ACUUCCGGCACGCCCCGCCCCGCCGAGCCGGGAGGGGGCGUGGCCAGAGCGGCGCGCGGCAAGAUGGCGGCGGCCAGGCUCUGCUCCCUGCGCCGGCAUCUCCUGUGGCCGCUGAUCCCGCAGCGCGGCUACCGGGGGGAUUCCCCCACGGAUUCUGGGAAGGACGUGCUGGAGAUCCCGCUGCCCCCCUGGCAGGAGCGUCCCGACGAGCCACUGGACACCAAGAGAGCCCGGCUGCUGUACGAGAGCAGGAAAAGGGGGAUGCUGGAAAACUGCAUCCUGCUCAGCCUCUUUGCCAAGGAGAACCUGGCGCGCAUGAGCGAGGAGCAGCUGAACCGCUACGACCGCCUCAUCAACGAGCCCAGUAACGACUGGGACAUUUACUACUGGGCCACCGAAGCCAAGCCCGCGCCGGCGGAAUUCGACACCGACGUGAUGGCCAUGCUGAGGGAAUUCGCCAAAAACAGGAACAGGGAGCAGAGGCUCCGGCAGCCGGACCUGGAAUAUCUGUUUGAGCCACCACGCUGAGGGAGGGGACGCCUGCGUCCCCAUUCCCUGGACUAGCGCGGGGACAUGGGGCUCCGGACUGGCGUUUCAGCCUUUGGACACUGGUGGAAUGCUGAAUAAAGCCCUGGCUACCGGCCUUGCCUGGCUGCCGGCCCUGCCCCU